CAGGAAAAUUCUUAACAAAAAUACGAUAAAACAUUAUUACACCGAUUAUUUACUACCAGAUCAUAGUUCAAUUAAUUAAUAAUAAAUUCAAUAUAUAAAUUUGUUGUAAACAACAAUAUCAUAAAGAAAAAGAGUUGUAUAUUAUUGUGAACAGCUUAUGAAUCACGUCAUUGUAAAACAACAAAUGUAUUAGGAAUUGACUGACCACAAGGAUGCGUAAUACCACUAAAGUAGAGGCAUUAAUAGAAAGUUGCCGUAGUGAAGGCAAAUGGAAAAAAGUUAUAGAAUUAACAGAUGAACUUAAAACAGGUUCACCUAAUAAUGAAUGCUUAGCCAACUUCCUGGUGGGCGAGGCAAGAUUGGAAAGUUAUUUAGAAAACAAUUUACCAAUUGAAAGUAAUUUUACUAAAGCUAAAAGUGAUUUACAAGAUGCAAGACGUUAUCUUAACUUGGUUACGGGUGAAAAUGGACAAAAAGCUGGCAUUGCAUUGGAUGCUUAUCUCCUGCUGGCCAAGCUUUGUUAUGCUUGUGGUGAAUACGAAAAAAGUUUGGAGAAUUUUAUUAAGGCCGAAUUAAAUACCUUGGCCGAAAAGGAAUUGACUUUACGCAGCCUUAAAAUAUUGGCUGAAUCAUAUGCCAUUAAAGGUCUAUGCUUGGAAAAUCAGACAGCGAAACCUUCAUCAAAGUUUAAAAAAGCUGAAAAGGAAACAGAAAUGAUCUCUUGUUUUGAACGUGCUACAGAUUUGGGUUUACUAUACCUACAGGAACAGGAUAUAGCUACAUUUUCUGCUACAGCUAAUAAUACGGGCGGUUCUACCUUGGCAAUUAAUGCUAGUGUACAACAAUCUGCCAGUAACAUGGCAAUUAGUUCAACUAUACCAGCAAAUCCUUUGGAACUAAAUAGACGCAUGGGUGCUAUACUGGAGACAGCUUUGCAAAGAGCACCAAUAGUAUUAAUAAAAGCUGGAAAAUUACAAGAAGCUAUCGAUCGUUAUCGUACCAUGUUAAAUGCCAUCGAAACUAAGACGACACAAUCUUUACGUCUAACACUAGCUCGCCAACUGGCUGAAGUAUUGCUGAGGGGUGUUUCGGGAACUAUUUAUACACCACCAUUUCAAAAGAAACAGGGCACUACUGCAGCUUUAAAAUCCAGUGGAACCGCCAAGAAAUUAUGGAAACCCCGAAAAUAUGCUGCCCGAAAUCAAUUUGUACCACGUAAUCAACAGGAGGAAACAAUUUUAUUACUACUAAUAGCAGAAGCAUUAGCUGUACGUGAUACAGUUUUAUCACAAAGUCCCGAAUUUCGUUUGGCACGUACACAUGCUAUGGGCAAUGCUACGGCUGUAUAUGAUUUGCUAACAUUAGCCACCGUACGUUGGGGUCUCAUACAGCUGCUGAAUGAAUCAUUUGAAAAAGCUUUGAAAUUUUCAUUUGGCGAACAACAUGUCUGGCGUCAAUAUGGCAUAUCCCUAAUGGCUGCUGGCAAGCAUAUGCAUGCUUUAAGAGUUCUACAGGAAGCCAUGAAACUAAAUCCUGGCGAUCAUUUACCCUGUCUUUUGGCUGCCAAAUUAUGUUACGAAUCAUUGGGUCUAAUUAAAGAGGGUUUAGAUUUUGCCCAUCAAGCUCUUAAACGUGAGACUAAAGGUCUAAGACCAUCACGUUGUCAACUCUAUGUGGGCAUAGGCUAUCAACAAUUAGCCAUACAAAGUACUCUAAAAACUGAACGUGAAAACUAUCACAAACUAGCACUAGAUGCUCUCGAAAAAGCAGUACAGAACGAUGGCAAUGAUCAUUUAAGCGAAUACUAUUUAUCUUUACAAUAUGCUCUACUCAAUAACAUUCCGGAAGCCUUAACGCAUAUACGUUUUGCUUUAGCCCUGCGUACCGAACAUGCACCCAGUUUACAUUUAUUCGCUUUACUUUUAACCGCUUCUCGUCGUCCCCGCGAAGCUUUAGUUGUGGCCGAAGAUGCAUUAGAAGAAUUUCCUGAUAAUUUGAAUUUAUUACAUGUCAAAGCCCACCUACAGCUACACUUGCAGGAUGCUGAAAUUGCUCUAGUCACUGUUCAGCGUAUGCUGGCAAUAUGGCGUGAAUUGUAUGAGGGUCAAGUUAAUGUCGAAAACGAAGAGAAACAUUCUGAUACUAAAAGCAUUGUAUUGCAUGUACCAUCAUCUCAAAUGUCUGAUAAGGAUUCAAAUUCUGUUUAUGCGGCUUCUCUGGCGGCAGUAUCCCGGGUGGAACAAGCUUUAAGUGAAGCAGCCAGUUCAUUGAGUUCUUUUACACCACGACCUGGACCACAAAGACCCUGGAUGAUACAAAUAAAGAUUUGGCUUUUGUUGGCGGAUGUUUAUUUGAAUAUUGAACAACCAGCUGAGGCUUUAAAUUGUAUACAUGAAGCAUCAUCAAUUUAUCCGUUGUCUCAUCAAAUAAUGUAUAUGCGAGGACAAGUCUGUGUUUAUUUAGAACAAUGGAAUGAAGCCAAACAAUGUUUUCUAAAUGCAGUAGCAGCCAAUCCUAAUCAUACUGAAGCUUUAAGAGCUUUAGGUGAAACUCAUCAUGUUUUAGGUGAACCACGUUUAGCAGAGAAAAUUCUAAAAGAUGCCGCCAAACUGGAUCCUAAUUGUCCCAAAAUAUGGUUUACAUUAGGCAAAGUUUUAGAAUCACUGGGUGAAUAUACGGCCUCGGCUGAUUGCAUGGCAACGGCCUUGCAAUUAGAACCCACAUGUCCUAUACUUCCAUUCACCUCUAUUGCAUUAACAUUUGAGUAAAAGAUUUUAUUGAUAACUUUAUUAUUAUGUUUAACAUUUGAAUGUUAUUUUUUAUUAUAUUACACGUAAACAUAUACCUCUGUUCUUUUUUGCUAAUAUUGUUAUUAAUUGUUAUUUUAUAAGGUGUCGUCGAUGAUAAUGUAUUGAUAAUUUUGGUUUUAAAAAAGAAAAACCUUAAUUAGGAGUAUUAUAAUAAAAAUAAUGCAAACACUUUUCUUAUACAUACUAUCCACAAAAUAGAUUUUUUUUUUUCAAUUUUAAAAAAGUUUAAAUUUAAUUUUUUUAUUAAUAUAUGUAAUUCAUAGUUAAUAUUUUGUUCGUUUGUUUGUUUAUAUGUGUGCUGGUUUUAUAAGUAUAUAUACAUAAUAUUGUUAAUUAUAUACGAAGUAUAUGCAAUAAUAAUUAUUAAUUAUCAUGUAUUAAAAAAAAAUAAAAAUAAACAAUAAAUAAAAUUGUUAAACAUUUUAAAA